AUGAGUUAUCCAGGAACGGCUAAAGCGUAUUAUAUUGACGAACGAGGAAAGAGACAUGUGUAUUCUGCGAUGCAGUAUAUGGACUGCGUGAUGUCGUUAUGUGAGAAAGCGAGUCGAAAUGAAGAGGUGUUUCCAACGAAAUAUGGUAGUCAAUUUUCGGGUGAUUUCGAUUCAUAUAUUCGACGGGUCAUCCGCCUACUCUGGCAUUGUUGUGGACAUUUGGCAUCAAAACAUUGGGAUGAAUUGGGUCAGCUUGAGUUACGACCACAGUGUGCUUUGGUGAUGGCACAUCUAGCGAAACUAAGCAAAACAUUUGCACUUCUUGACACGAAAGACCAACAACUGAUCAAUAAUAUGGUGCAAACGAUUCGUCCGUCGAAUAUCAUGUCAUCAUGUUGUGGCAACGAUGCAAGUGGUGUGACAUCACAACGAUGGAAUCGUGUUCCGUCAUCGAAAAGUGGUAGUUGGGGAGGUCAUCCGACUCCAGCUGUACUUACUUGUAAAUCAUAUGCACAAACGUGUUAG